AUGUCAACUACUGCUACAACAAUGAAGGCUGCAAGAUUCUUGCAACAAGGAGGUGACCUUACUUUGGUCGAUAUGCCCAUCCCAACACCAGCCAAGAACCAAAUCAGAAUCAAGGUUGUUGCCUGUGGUGUCUGUCACAGUGAUGUCCUUGGCAAGUAUGGCUUCCCAGGUCUAUCAUGGCCAAGAACUCCAGGUCAUGAGGUCGCUGGUGUUGUUGAGGCACUAGGAGAGGGCGUCACCAAGUUCAAGAUUGGUGAGAAGGUCGGUGUUGGCUGGUAUGGUGGUCACUGUGCAUCGUGUUCAAGCUGUGAUGAGGAUGAGUUCAUUCUCUGCUCAGAGGGCAAGGUCUGUGGCAUUCACUUUGACGGUGGCUAUGCCGAGUACAUGGUGGCCCCAGUCGACUCUGUUGCCAGAAUUCCCGACGACCUUUCCUUCGAGCAGGCUGGUCCUUUGAUGUGCGCCGGUAUCACCGUCUACAACUCAAUCAGAAAUCAGAACAUCAAGGCUGGCGCAAUCGUUGCCAUCCAGGGCAUUGGUGGCUUGGGCCAUCUUGCCAUCCAGUUUGCCAAGAAGCUCGGUUUCGAAGUGGUCGCCUUCAGCUCUGGAGCCGACAAGGAGAAGCUCGCUCGUGAGCUUGGCGCCAAGCACUACAUCAAUGGUGCACUCCCAGGUGCCGUCGACGAACUGGCCAAGCUCAAGCCAAAGCUCAUCGUCACCACAGCUCCACACACCAAGUCGGUUCAGGAGUUGAUCAAGGCCAUGGCUCUCGGUGGCAAGCUUCUCAUCCUCUCUGCUUUGAUGGAGCCACUCCAAGUCAACUCUUUGGAGCUCCUAUCCAAGAAGCAAUCCAUUGCUGGAUGGGCAAGUGGAGACAACAGAGAUAGUGAGGACACAAUGAAGUUUGCUGUCAACAACAAUGUAUUCCCAAUGAUUGAGACAUUCCCAUUGGAGAAGGCUGGACAAGCACUCCAACAUACCCUUGACAACAAGGUUAGGUUCAGAUCUGUCAUUACCAUCAAUCAUUAA